AUGGAGGAGCAAUAUUAUGAUGACCACAGCAAUUCCAAUUUCAAAGAUAUAAUGCCCACAGCUAUAUCCUCCUUUUUCUCGGCCUACGCCCCCUUUGCUGGUUACAUGUUUAUGCUCCAAUCCAUGAACACCAAUUUCCUCCCUUACGAGUUUAACUCAUACGUAUACUCAAAAAUCAACUACCUCUUGGACCCUCUAGCCAAUCACAUAACUCUCCUCAUCAACUCUAGCGAUGAAGACUACUCGGACGAAAUCUAUGAUUCUGGUGAGGUCUAUCUUGCCACCAAGAUCAACCCAAAAACCCAAAUCUUUCGAAUUAGCAAAGCAUCGAAACAAAAGGUCCCCAUCCUUGGUGUUACCACCAACCAAGAAAUCACUGACACUUUCGAAGACAUUAAAGUGAAGUGGCGGAUGAUCUUCCCUAAAGAAAACGAUGGUUACUACAGUAGCGUCUAUAAGAGCCGCAUGGAGCUAACAUUCCACAGGAAACACAAAGACAAAGUUAUAAACUCGUACAUCCCCUAUGUGUUGGCUCGGGCCGAGGCUAUCAAAGAUGCAGAAAAGACUCUGAAGCUUUAUAGUUACAAUAGUAAACGUUCCUCGGUCUUCAAAAUUUCUCGUGGACGCUCUCAUGGUUCUGAUGACGAUGAUGACUUUGCACCUUCUUCGGGCAAAUGGAGUUGCAUCGAUCUUGAGCACCCGACUACUUUUGAGACAAUGGCAAUGGAGCCGGAGCUGAAGAGGAUGAUCAUAGAGGAUUUGGACAAGUUUGUGAAGAGGAGGGAGUUCUACAAGAGAGUUGGUAAGGCUUGGAAGAGAGGUUACUUGUUGUAUGGUCCACCCGGUACUGGAAAGUCUAGCUUGGUUGCGGCCAUGGCUAAUCAUCUCCAUUUUAAUAUUUAUGACUUGGAACUUACUAGUAUUUCCAGCAAUGAUAAGUUGAGGAAGGCCUUGUUGUCUACUACAAAUCGUUCUAUUGUGGUGUUUGAGGAUAUUGAUUGCAGCAAGGGAUCUGUAAACCGGGAAUCAGCAGAGAAGAAGUUUAUGGUUUCCGAAGCCAAGUUUACACUCUCGGGUCUACUGAAUGUCGUCGAUGGUCUGUGGUCAAGUUGUGGUGAUGAGAGGAUUAUUGUGUUUACCACCAACCACAAGGAGCGGCUAGACCCUGCAUUGUUGAGGCCUGGUCGAAUGGACAUGCACAUUCACAUGUCGUAUUGCACCCCAAAAGGGUUCAAGACCUUGGCUUCAAACUACCUCGGCAUUCAGGACACCAGCGAACAUCGCCUGUGUGGAGAAAUUGAAGCAUUGGUGGAGAGCACUAACAUCACCCGUGCAGAGGUUUGUGAGGAGCUUAUGAGGGGUGGGGGUGAUGGUGAUGAAGCCGAUGCUGCUCUUGAAGGACUUGUCAAUUGUCUCAAGCGUAAGAGGCUCGAGACCAACAAGAUAGAGGAUGAAGAGGUUGGGAAAGCAAAGAGGCAGAAAACAGAUUAUAAUGCAUCUGAAAUUUCCGAAAAUUGGUAG